AAAAUUUGCAACCAGAAAUAAAGAACAUUGCCAGGCACCUUAACCAAGAAGUCGCAGUUCAUGCAAGGCAGUUGGGAUGGUCCAAAAGAGUGAGCCGGUUCACUUAUCUAAAGAACAUGAGGAGGCUUGUUUCAGAGCUGUAUGUUCGGGACAUCUGCCACGCUUUUAAAGCCAUGGUGCUGGUCUGGAUUCAGCUACCAAUGUGGAUCUUCAUGUCAGUAGCCCUCCGGAAUUUUACCACAGGAGCAGCACAUUCAGAAAGCCACUCCAUUCAGGAGCAGUUGGCAUCAGGUGGCGCGCUGUUCUUCCCUCACCUCACAGCACUGGAUUCCACUUGGAUCCUGCCUGUCUCUCUUGGUGUCAUCAAUUUGUUAAUCGUGGAGAUCUUUGCUCUGCAAAAAAGCGGAAUGUCCCGUUUCCAGGUGUAUGUAACACACUUUGUCCGUGCUGUAUCGGUAUUGAUGUUUCCGAUUGCUGCCACAGUACCUUCAUUACUUGUUCUCUACUGGUUCUGCUCCAGCCUUAUGGGCCUCUCACAGAACUUGCUGCUGCGCUCUCCUGGAUUUUGCCAACUCUGCGGAAUACCACCAACCAACUCAGAUUCAGACACUCCUUACAAAGACUUCUUGGCUGCCUUUUAUGCCAAGUUCAUUUCAAGAAAAUGAUGUGUUUUCAAUCAUUUUGAAUUAAUUGCAAGUAUCACUAUUACUAUAGUGUAUUCAGAUUUGGGUAGUAUUUACUUUGCCUUUAAAAAAAUCAUGAACUACACAAAGUACUCUUGCUUUAGCUAUAAUCCAUGUACUCUGACAAUAUCUUUGUCUUUUAGUGCUAUAAGUAUAUGUGUUUAAUUGUAAAAAUAUGUGUUUCUGUUUAUAAAAUCACAGCUCAUUAAAGGUGCCAGUACUUGGGGAAGACAGAAUUAGAU